GCGCGAGGUGCGUCGUUUUUGUCUGUGAUUUCGCCGACGAGUCGGAGCAGAAGUCGUGCACAAUAGCUGGGCAGAAGCACAGUGGUCGCGACGCGGGCCGCAGCUCCCCUCCAAUCGUGUGUAGGCUGCCCCCACCCGGCGGCCGGGCCGACCCGCGGCCGGCAGACACACACGCGCCACACUCACUGCGCCAGCAGCGACCGCGUGGCUUUUGCCCCUACGACUGCGAGCAGCGACUCGACUCCGUGCCCGCGGCCGUGCGACUGUGUGUGUGUUGUGUGACUGACAGCAGCGGCAUGGCGCUACCAGCCGUCGCAGGACGCGAGUGAUAUGUUAGGUGCUUAGGUGUCUGGCGCGCGUGUGUAUGUGAGAGCGGACAGUGGACAGCUACGGCGCCUCUCGGAUGAGUCAGACUCUGGCCUGUAACAUGAGCAUGGAUUCGGUGAUGGACUCGUCGUCGACGAACAGCGAGCACAGCAGCAACGCGUCCUCGGCGUCGCCGCCGGUGGUGAUCAAGCCGCCGCUGACGCCGCCCCCGCAGCCACCGCCCCCGCCGCCACCGCAGCAGCACAGCCCGCUGAGCAUGGUGCGGCACCCCGGAAGCCCGCCGGGGGCGGCGCCGCCCACGCCGGGCCAGCAGCUGAGCCCGCCGCCCGUGUCGACGCCGAGCGCGAUGGGCGGCGGAGGCCCGCUGUCCCGCAUGCCGCCGCUGCCGCCGCCCAGCCUGGGGCUGCUCAACAGCCUGGGCGGCGCCGGGCUGAUGCACCACUCGCCGCUGGACCUCAUGGCCGCCGCCCACCACGGCGCCGGCGGCCCUCCGCGGUCCUACAACUCGCCGCCGCCCAUCUCGACGUCGGACCCGACGGCCAACGAGUGCAAGCUGGUGGACUACCGCGGCCAGAAGGUGGCCGCCUUCAUCAUCGCGGGCGACACCAUGCUGUGCCUGCCGCAGGCGUUCGAGCUGUUCCUCAAGCACCUGGUGGGCGGCCUGCACACCGUCUACACCAAGCUGAAGCGCCUCGACAUCGUGCCGCUCGUCUGCAACGUGGAGCAGGUGCGCAUCCUGCGAGGCCUCGGCGCCAUCCAGCCGGGCGUCAACCGCUGCAAGCUGCUCUCCUGCAAGGACUUCGACGUGCUGUACCGCGACUGCACCACCGCCAGCUCGUUGUCCUUUCGCUGUCGAAGAAACGCGCUCAUGCCCUACUUCAAUCAGCAACUUUGCCCUCGUCGGGAUACGAACCAACAGAACGACUUAGACGAAGCGGGCAACCCGUUCCACCACCAGCUCGCCUCCAGGCCUGGGCGGCCGCCGAAGCGGGCGUCUGUGGGGCUGAGCAUCGCCGCCUCGCACCUGGCGCCGCACCACCACGCGCUCAAGAAGCACCGCCUCGACAACGGCGACUACCCCGGCUACGAGAACGGACACCUCGCCGAGCCGCCGCGCAUGGAGAAGUCUCCGCUGCUGGCCAACGGGUACAACCAGCCGCCGACGCACCUCAACCACAUGCAGUUCCUGCCGCUCAACCACCACCCCGCGGCGGCGCACACCGCCAUCCUGUCGCCUGCGGGGCUGCCGCACCACGGCAUGCAGCGCGCCGACGGCUCCAUCAUCAAGGGCCAGCCCGCCAUGCCCGGCAUGGAGGCCAUCGCCAGGUCCGGUAUUUGGGAAAACUGUCGGGCUGCCUACGAAGACAUCGUCAAACAUCUAGAAAGGCUCAGAGAAGAGCGCGGCGAGACGGAACGGGCCUUGGCGUUGGACCACAAGGUGCGGGACCUCAGUUCGCACAACGGCUCGAGCAACGGCCACUCGCCGGUGCUGAACCUGAGCAAGAGCGGCGCGGGCUCCGGCGGCGAGCACUCGGGCAGCGAGGCGGGGCACACGGCGGAGCCCGACGACGAGGAGGACGACGAGAACGUCAGCGACGUCGACGACGACGACGACAAGGACGCGGGCGAGCUGAGCGACGCGGGCGAGAUGGCGGGCCCGCACCCGGGCUCGGAGUCGCCGCACGCGCUCAACUACUCUGCGCUGGGCGCCGCCGGGGUGCCCACCGCGGAGGGAGUCUCCUCCACAGAGACGCUGCUGCGCAACAUCCAGGGGCUGCUCAAGGUCGCCGCCGACAACGCGCGCCAGCAGGAGCGGCAGAUCAACUACGAGAAGACCGAACUGAAGAUGGACGUUCUGAGAGAACGCGAGGUUAAGGAGAGUCUGGAACGCCAGUUGCUGGACGAGCAGAAGAUCAGGGUGCUGUACCAGAAGCGGCUGAAGAAGGAGCGCAAGGCGCGCCGGCGGCUCCAGGAACAGCUGGAACUGGAGAUGAAGCGACGGGCGCAGCUGGAGGAGGCGCUCAAGGCGAGCGGCGCCGCGCCGGACACGCUGCGCGUGCUCAGCACCUCGUCGCUGCAGUCCGCCAAGCCAGAGGGCAGCGGCGCCGGCGCCGGCUCUGGCGGGGAACACCGCGUGCCCGCCGACCAAUCGGAGCCCGCCUACCCCCGACAGCCGCCCGCGCACGUGCCGGAGCCACCUAGCGAGAAGCAGUGGAACUACUCGGGACUGGACCUGAUGGGCUCCGGGGCGGCGUUCUGGCAGAACUACUCCGGUCAGUACCAGUACCACAAAUACUUGCCGGCGGUGACGGAGUCUUUGGCACAGGAGCUCGAGUUAGAGAGAAAAUCGCGCCAACAGCAACAACAGCAGCAACAGCAACAGCAACAGCAGCAGCAACACGCCGAGAGGGACGUCAAGUCGCCCCUGCAAGAAUCACGUGCUGGAUACUACAAGAAUUCAGUUCUGUUCACGAGCGCAACCUAGUUCGGCCAGUGGGGGCAGUAACGUACCAUCCACCAGCUGGACGCCGGUUACGUCUUACGAUGAUUGUGUUGCCUUUGAUUUUUGCGUCAGUGUUAAUGCAACUUAACGCUACAUAGUGAUUUUGCGAAAACAGAAGAGGGAAGUUAGUAGAUCUCACAGUUUUAACGUAGGUACGAGUUUAGUGGUAAGCACUGCCUCAGUACGGGAAGAAAGACAUCUUGUUUUUAAGUCUGAGAAGAAACGGAAGCAUAGAACUCUGUAACUACAGUGUGAAACCGUACGCCACCGCAAGUGCCGAGCAACAAAUUGGACACACAGUGGCUUAGCGUAUGGUGUUAUAUGGACUGUGGGUUAGCUGAAAGCGUUUCCAGGUGAUAUGAUUUGGUUCCACAGGCGACUUACUAUUCAGUUCGAUGAAACGCAGAGACAACCAAACAGUGAAAAAUGUAUUUAUCAGAUUAACAUUUAUUUAUUUAUUUCACGAUGUGUUUUCCACCGACGGAUACGACGAGAUGUCUUGAUACGUACAUUAAAUGGCCCCUGUGAAGGUUGCAAUUGCUUGCUGCUAAUUGUAACAGUGGUACUGGGGCCGGGAAAGGCAUGCGGACUUAAGAAGUAGCGUUGCCGAGUGGUUGUAAACAGAAAAAGUUUUUACGUGACUGUUAUUAUUAUGAAAUACUUAAGUUAUAAAGAAGGCUGUUACAUGCAUUGUCGGUAAAACUCUCGUUUUACUUACACAGCAAAGGCUGGUUAGAAGUAAUUAAAUGCAUUGAAAUGUUUAACAUGUUUUCAAGCUUUUCCUACUUAACGGGCGUUGAUUGAUUGUGCUUAAGUUUUGGAGAUGAACUAUUGCGUCCGAUUUCUAAGAACUAGUAGCAGAUGGAGACCACAUAUCGUAGAAGCUCUUGAAACUGGUUCUAGAUUUUCGGGAAGGUGAUGUGUAAUGAAUAUAUCUACGAGACAGAACUAAUACAACUGACUGUAUGAAUAUAAUAACAUACUUAUUAAUUAUAACUUAUUAUACAUCUUUUAAACACUGUGUGAGUGGAAAGACGACUUGUGAAGGUGACUUUCUGUAUGACAGUGCAAAUUAAAUUAGAUAGCUUACCUGGAUUGUGAAAGUUGAAGUAGUUACUGUUCAAAUGCAAGAGCGAAAUAAACUGCAAAUUAAAGCAUUCUGCAGUUAAUAAGAGGGAUCUCUGACAUCCUUCAACUGCAUACUUGAUGUGUACAAAAAAAAUUAAAAUGUGUGAAUGGGAUGAUAAAUUUCGUUCAGAAAAGAUUUUAUGUAGCUAUUUAUGAUUGAGUGAAAAGAGGCAUAUUGAAAUGAUUGUGAACUUGAUUUUAAUGUAAUACACACGAAUCAUCUUGUAGUAAAUAAUUACAAUAUUAUCUAUAUUACAAAUAUAUAUAAACAAAGUAAUAGGCUUCGUAAUUCCUUGUAAAUGGUUGUUAUUACAUGCAUUUAAAUGAGUAAAAGGAACAAAUUCUCUUUGUACAUGGUAGUAUUUCAUAAAACAAAACUGGCUUCUUAUUUCUAAAACCCAUUCUUCAGAUAUCUGCCGUAGUAAUGUAAAACAUUAUCCUCUGUAUAUUGUCAGUGUUGCACAAUAACAGUCUAGUAUUAAAUAGAGGAACUGUAAUUAAUUGUAUGGGAUUUUGAGCAUGCUGUUAUAAUUUUCCAUAGUUUCAUCUACUGCAUGUCUAAGGUUUAACACCCAACAUUAACUUAUGGUACACAAUAUAAGAAAACUAUCAGUCAAAACAAAUAAUAAUCCGAAAGUGCGAAAGCAAUAACUUUCCAGUAAGGACUGUGUAUUGUUGUACCAUUUGUAAUGUCUGUUUACACAUAGAUUUUUCUACAAGCUUUUAAAAAUAAUUUUAGAACUUCCUUUAUUUAGCUCAUUAUGCUGAGUACUGGUACUUUAAAGUUUAUUCUUUAUGAUUUAUAUAAUUUCUCUCAAAUUAGGCAAAUUUAGUUCUGAUUCUAAAACCAUAUAAGUAUAUAAUACAAAUAUAUUUAUAUGUAUGAACAUUACAUUUCAUAUGCUUUCGAUUGUGGAGGUGUUGUCCUAUAUAACAGAGCGAUUUUGCAUGCAUAUGCACCGAAAUAAAGUCAUUGUUUUAUAUCAAACUUUAAAUUUAAUGAUAUUGUAAAAUGAUGGUGAUAACUAAUAAACCCCUGCAAUGUAUUGGUGUCUGCAUGUGGCAUCUCUAGAUUACAGUUGCUUCUUGUUCCCUAUUUGCAAAUAAAAGAAUUUGUUAUGUGUUAAAUUGUAACUUUUUGUUGUAUAUCAGUACAACCCACUAGCAACUUCUUUCACAAAAUAAAAUGACUCUGCAACAACUAUAAUUUUCAACACCAGUAUACGGUUCUGUAGACAAUCACAUUCAUAUCUGAUUGCUCCACUGAAAUCUUGAAGGAGAAACUGCAGGAACAGUUUUACAUAGCCUAUUCCUUUCAAAUACAUCAUUUUUAGUUUCAUAAAUGUAAUAUUUAAAGUGUCUAAAAUUGACAUGUUUGUGUUGUUUUGUACCGAAGUGUUUCAGUUAAACUUUGUGUAAGCGUAUGUUAAGUGUCAGAAAAAAAAUAACAAACUGCUACUGUACUUAAGUGAUUUAACUAUAUUCGGUUUCAAAAUAAUUUGUGUUCUGAAAUAAUAAACACUUUAUUACUGAAAUGAGA